GUGGGGGUUGCCGCCCCUCUCACGCGUUAACCCCGCCAACGUGUAGAGAAUCGUGAAAGAGAAAAAGAGAUAGACGUAGGAGAAAAGAGAAAAGAGCGAGAGAGAGACGGGGCCACUGCCCCUCUCCUCCUUACGGGAGGUUCCUAUGAAUUUUGCGACACUCAAUAAAAAGUGGUUCCACGAGGUUAACAUUUCGGUAACUAUACCCUCGCCUACCCGGGGCGCGCACGCACGUAUAGAACGACGAACGCGGAUCGGGACGGACACGCGUAGAUACACGGUUGCGGCGACGAGGACGAGGACGAGGACGAAGACGACGGCGACGACGAUACGACGACGCGACGACGACUACGACGAGGGAGCGCUUAAAGGCGCUCACGGACGCGUAGAGGAACUCACACACGCGUAGCGACGAAAAUUCAGCCGUCUGUACGAGGGAAUACAAGCGGGCCAGCUAAGCCGGUACAUACGCGCGUUCAGAGAGAGAAACACGGUUGUGUGUAACAGCGAGGAGAGCGAGAGAGGGACAGGAAGAAGGAGGAGGAAGGAGAGAGAGAGAAAAAGUCCGAGGGACACACAGAGGAGCGCGCGGGCUCACGCAUACAUGCACGCGCAUGCACGCAUACCACGAGACCGCCGAAAAAACUGCACGGGAGAGGCGCAGCAACGGGCAAACCGAACCGCGCGCGAAUCAAGUGCUUUGGCCAGUCGCGUUCCCAAUCACUCUACGACUAGGUAGUCCCCCGGUGUGUCCCAAAGAAGCGGCAGGAAGCUGGUCCUUUGCUCGAUGGUGUCGUCCCGCAAGAUAAUAUCGGAUACUUUACCGCGGGAUCCUUCGUAUAGAGAUCCUACGCUACGUUCGCCGACUACGUUUUAACAGAUCUCUUGCGAAUUUCGAUCGUCGACGCUCACGCGAUCCUCGACGCUCACAAUCAGUUUCGGAGUUCUCCGGAUCACACGGGAGUGCGUUUGUUCCUCUUUUAUUUCUUUGUUCACGUUGCAUCAGACACACGCACCCGUCGUCGCCGUCAACACGGAAGAAGAAAGACAAGCAACGAAACACAGUGAUAACCACGCGUGCAAACGUAUGGGAAUCGUUGCGGCAACCGAUUCACGGUGAUCCAGUUGCAUCGCGUCGUAUCGCAUCGCAUCGCAUCGCAUCGCAUCGCUCCGCGUUGCACUUUACGAAGAUCGAGCAAAGAGAGAAGGGAAGAUCCUUGGCAAAGGGAUAUUUGUCCUUCUUCGCGUACGCACGCUGUUCUUACGCCGUAACGACUACGACGAACGCUCCUUCACGGACACGCGUAUCCUUCGUCCUCUUCGUCCUUCGAGGCGCGUGUGACAGCCGCGUGUACCGAGAUACGCGAUCACGGGCCCUUUCAACCAGACAUCUUCAAAAUUGGUGAGCAACAGGACGAACAGUGAAAAUCAACGAUAAAUAGGCUGUAUAACAGGAAAAGAAAAAGAAAAGUGUGAUCGUAUUUUUUUUUUUUUUUUUUUGCGUCGUCGACUACGUAGGAAAGUUUGUCGCGUUUCUGGAGGAUCGACGAUAGUGGAUUCGUGUCGAUCGAACGGAGCGAUCGUUUGGGCGCGUUCUUCGUCGAGUUCGCGGGAGGAAAUCACGUUGUCAAGACGAGACUCGUUUGUCGUCGAUACGUUGGUCGUGCAUCGUGUUUCACGAGGAUGGACCUACGAGUGUCCUCGAGAUCCUGCGGAACGCACGAGACUGGCGUGGUUUAGGGAAUCUCAAGCGGAUCCAGAUAGCUCCGGUGUGAAUAAUCGGGAGGCCGAGGCGACAGUGGAGACGAAGACCAAGGGGAAGACGAAGUCGGGGACAGACAGAAAUCGAGAGAGCCGGCUGAAAGAAGAGAAAAGAAGGCUUGCUCGUCGUCGCGAUCGUCGCAUCCGACAGUCAAACGGUGGGUUUAGCACCGACGACAAGGACACCGGGCAAAGGAGCCCCACACUUUACUUCGCACUCGACGAUCAAGGUGAAUAAACAUAACGAUGGUAGAUACGCAACACUUUUGUCUGCGAUGGAAUAAUUACCAAAGCAGUAUAACGUCUGCGUUCGAAAACUUGAGGGAUGAUGAGGAUUUCGUGGACGUCACACUGGCCUGCGAUGGCAAAAGCCUCAAAGCGCAUCGCGUCGUACUUUCCGCUUGCAGUCCCUACUUUAGAGAAUUGCUCAAGAGCACACCGUGUAAACACCCGGUGAUAGUACUUCAGGAUGUAGCGUUCAGUGACUUGCACGCGUUGGUGGAGUUCAUCUAUCACGGGGAAGUGAACGUGCACCAACGUUCCCUUAGCAGUUUUUUGAAGACCGCCGAAGUCCUCAGGGUAUCAGGGCUUACGCAACAGACGGACCAAACAGACAGGGACGAGCUGUCCCAUGUCCGCGCGUUGGCUGCCGGUGGUAAUCAUCUUCCCUUCCACGAGAAAUUGGAAGAGAGCUUUCCACGGGGUGGUUCGCCACCCACGCCGGUUACCUCGACGCCAACGACCGUGCAACAACUUCUACGCAGAGCACAGAUACGCAGGAACGAGAGACGAACGCCGGAUCCUCACGAUGAAUCGGCGAAGAAGCCGAGGGUGCCGUCGCCGCCGCUGAACAACAACGACGCGACGCCGACGGAUUUCUCGAUGGUGAAGAAUAAUCAUCUGUCGAGCAAGGUCGAGGGUAACGGCGUCCACGAGGAGAACAGCCCCCUCGAAGACAACAUCAAGUGUGAGCCACUGGAGCUGACCGGUGGUAACAGCGGUAACGGUGGUAACAACGAGGACUCGUCCGACUCUGGUGCAGCGGCGUCGGAUCGACCACCGGCCUCUGCCAGCAGUAACGAGCACGAGGUCGAAUCCGAGCACACACCCUCCUCGAAUUUUCUGUCAGAAACGAAAAUUUUCCCGCCCACGCCUGGAAGCUUUAAUUUCAGUAUGGCAGCGCUCGCCCCUGAACACACGCCAUUGUCAGUGAAAUUUCCAGGAUUGGGCCACGGGUUUCAAUCACCGGACUUGGCAGGAACUUCGCAAGGUACGGGCAACGGGAUGCAUCCAGCACCGUCGACGCCUCCCUCUGCCAUGUACCGGAUGCCACCGCCAACGGCGGGUGGUAUCAACGAGCCUCAGGAAUGCCCGUACUGCCGUCGCAACUUCUCAUGCUACUACUCCCUGAAGCGUCAUUUCCAGGAUAAGCACGAGCAAUCGGAUACCCUCUACGUAUGUGAGUUCUGCAACCGCAGGUAUCGAACCAAGAACUCGCUGACGACGCACAAGAGCCUUCAGCAUCGUGGCUCCAGCGUAAUGCUCAAGAGGCUGUUGAAGACCACGACGUUGAAGAACGUUCUAGGCAGCAUGCAACAGGGCCAGAUGCAACAGCAGCCGCAAUGAAAAUGUCGGAACCGUCUUACAGUCUCCCCGUCCCCUGGACUCUCUGCAUCCUCGUAUUCUCAUCGUCAUCGUUUACGUCCUUGCCACCAUCCGGUUCUUCGUCGUUCGAUAUCGUCACGGAUCGUUACGAUCGGUUAUCCUCGAUUCUUCCUGGACCAAAGUACGCUGCGAUGCGUCUGGAUGCGUCACAGACCGACGACAUACGCGUUUCCGAUUCGUCGAGUCGUUGCGCGUUCUUUGAAGAUCGAUCGAACAAAUCCUCUACGAGGCACGCGUCGAUCGUUCGCUAGAAUAUCGAUCUCGAAUCGAUCGGCCCUUCAUUGCCGAUUCUCUACCACCCCUCACUCGUCAGUGUUCUUCCAUCGGCCGAGGGUCACGCUUCUCACACCCUCCUACACCUUGUAGUCGUCGUUUUGUAGUUCUCCUCGAGUCAAGACUGCGAUUAAUCCAAAGAAGAUGAAGAUUAAGAAGAAGAUGAAAAAGAAGAAGGAAAUCGACUGAGAGACACGCGAUCUCGAAAUAUUCCCACGAUACGUUUCGUUGGGUUUCAAAGAAAAUGAUUGCCGUAGCGCGUGCGCGCGUGCAAGAACUGAGAAUACAUUCCAUUGCAUUGGCUUCCAGUCCCGCUGACCGGAAGCGAGUAGCUCGGACCGUUUCGACGAGGUCUCGAAUGUGUGACCGUCGCGUCGCUUUAACGCGUUCUACCGAGGGACUGACUCGACAGAGACUGUCAGCAACGUUUCUACAGGCAAACGCGCCCAUUUUUUUACAAAUUCUAUAUCACGAAAUUCACCUUUCUAAUUAGCUACUUUUGGAAUAAUUACGAUAUCGUUCAAAAGUAAUAGUACUUUUCUUCUCGGAAAACGAGCGUGGCCUUGCCUGUUUCGGUAUGUUGGGUCGUACGAGUCUCGGCCAGUCCCACGACACAUGUCAAUUUACAAGAUUAUCUUGCUAACGAUCGAAGCAGCGAUCUCGAAUCGUUUAGCAGAGAAACCACGAAGAACCAGGGACAGGGUGGCGAUUGGGGAAAGAAGAUUGAGGAAAAUAUGUAUCAGGAAUGAUCGAAACAUCGUGUUGUACAUAGAUGUUAACGCGUAUAUGUGUGUACGUACGGUAUGCGUGUAAAGUAAGAAAGAAAGUGUGCGUAUGUGGGUGUUGAGUGUACGUCUCUGUCGCUGGAACUUUUUAUGCGCACACACGCGAAACGCAUAAGUAUUCUCGGAUGUCAGGGGGGUGGGGGAAUUGUAGAUCGAGUAUCUUAGGCCUAAAUGAAAUUCAAUUACAAAGUCUACAAAAUAUGUGCUCAAAUUUUGGGAAUAGGGAGAGGGGUUAGAAAGGAUUCAGCGUUUUCGGCAAUCGAGAAACGAAGGGGGUGAGUAAGAAAAUUAGCUAAAUAGGCCAAGUAGAGCAGGAUAAGAGAAACAAAAAGGGGAAGGAUUUAGAGGGAAUCGUUGCGUGGAGACAAAGGGGAGAGAAGAAGCGGUAGAAAAAAAAGUGCAAGUAGAAGUUAGAUAUUGGGCUCUUACACGUGUACAGGUCCGUCGUGCGCGUAAAUUACAGACUAUAUUUUUAACUCUUUAAAAAUAAGAAUAUUUUGAGCUGUACAUAUAUAUACAUACAUAUAUAUAUAUAUAUAUAUAUAUUAUAUUCGUACGAUAUUGAUAACGAUGAUAUUCUCUUGUUCAGGUUUUAUAAAGGGGUGAAUGAAUGAAAGAAAGGAGAAACAGAGUGUAGUUCGACGUAGAUAGAACCUCGGUCGGAGCAGGGCAGUGAUAAAAAAGCUCAGGCGUUCCUCUCAUUUUCGUUUCGUUAGAGAUUCGCGCGUUUACGAGUCACAAUUAUACGCGUCUCAAUUGGCGAAUGUGCAAUAUUACGAGUAAGGGGAUAAAUUAGAGGAUUCGGGAGACCCUUGGUCUGCCUGUGGAACCGGCAGCAACCAACGUUUCGUUCCAUGUCUCGAUCUUUUUCGUUUUCUCUUCGUGUUUCGUGCUCGUGUCGUUCGAAGGGUCGUAGAAAAAGACAGAGGGAUCCAAUUAGGCCAAAGAGAAAAAAGGAAGCAUAGAUACACGGGGAUGAGAAGAGGUUCUAAAAAGAAUUUCGCGCGAGACUGUCGAAGCACUGCCCUGUUCUUUUCGAAUCUUCGAUGCGCAUCAAUGCCGUAAACGAACGUACAAGCGAGAGGAAACCCUAAAAAAGAUGUUCAUCGUGCAACAUAUUCAGGUUUAGAACUCAGUAUAAAAAGAAGAAAAAUGAAAAAAGAAUAAAGUUGAUGUUUUAUCGCAUAAUUAAGGGAUGGGGGGUUACAAACGAAAAAAGAAUAAUAAAACAAAGGAAAUGCCAUUAUAACUAACGAGCAAGUACAAAUUAUCGAGGGAAAAAAUGAUAAAACAAAUUACGUCUACGUCUUAAUUCUUAGGUUUCUUAGUAGCGAAGAGAGGGGUUAAAAAAGAAAAGAAGAAAGGGAAGAUAUUUAACGACACGAGAAGAGUAGAAUUUACGUGCGCAUGCGUCUUCUCGGGCUUUAAACGACGGGGUUAGCACAGAGAUAAACAGACAGAAAGGAGAAGAGAGAAUACGAAGAACGAGAGAGAGAGGGAUAAGGUUUUCCAAAAACAUAUCUUCGAAACACGAAGUAUACCGUGAACGAGAAAUACGAUUUUAGCUUUAGGUGUCUUCCGAUGGCGGGAGUUUUUAAAAUAAUUGCGUAUACAUUACGUAGGGGUAAAAAGAAAAGAAAAAACUAUCUUUUCCGCGGCCGGUCAAAGCAUAAUGUGGAGAAAAUGAUUUAAAAAAGGAAGGGGUGGGUGAAAUCAACGUGCGGACGUGUUUGCUUUUCGAAAAAAAAAAUUUCUUUUCGACAUGGGAAAAGCGUAAAUAUAAUUCGUUAGUGAAAAUUAUCCUAGUCAUUUUGGAAACCUUUUAUAAUUCUGUGAUAUAACGUCGGACUAGUAUCAAGAUAUGUAUUUGGCGCUACAAAAUGAAAAAGGGGAACAAGUAAUCAGGGUUGGGUUGCGCGGGGAAUAAAAGAGAAACAUAAUAAAAUAUUUACCACCUUUCCACAUUAUGAUUGCCGGCAUGUGUGUGUGCAAAAUUGCGUACUGUAUAGCGAAAAAAAAAGAAACUAAUUGGUUAAUUAAUAUCGAGGAAAUUCUGUGAUGUUCUUCAGUUGAGGUAUACUAGAAACGAAAAUGUUAGAGGUAUAACGAAGAAAACAAAAACACGUAUACGGAAUUAGGUCGAUGUUCGGUGUUGUGUAAGUUAAUAUUGUAAAUUAAAACGAACGGAAAAAGAAAAAAGAGACAAGAAGAGAAAAAUACCGAGACACGAGACGAGACUUUUACGCCGAGAAAAUUCAAGAUCGAAUACUGUACGGAGUUUCUGCGAUUGUCCAGGCGACCGCUGAUCCGUUUUCAUUAAAAUUCAAGGAACACGUGUUCGAUUCAAUUGGAGCAACGAGCGAAGAACUGAACCGCGUGUCGUGGAAAAUUUUCCGGGAAAAUCUCGUGGAAAAAAGAUGUCGCGUUGAGCCUAUUCUUGUAGGCUCGAAAUUUUAACGAUCGGUACGAUACCAAAGUGGAUUUGACUGUUAUACUACGAUUAUUUCUCUUUUUUUUUUAAUUAGUAUCUCUUUUUGUUUUCUUCUUUAAGCGAAACCAAAGCGUGUAAGGAGUUUUCCCGAGGACGACGCGCGAACCACUCGCUCCUAGACGUUUCUCGCGAUCGGCUGUCGCCACGAAUCGAGGAACGAAGCGCAGUGUUUUGAUAUAUUAUAUUAUAACAUAUCUCUUCAGGGUACUCGACCCACUGUACGAUGACACGGUGUUGAAUCGAAAAAUUACAAAAAAGAGAAAAAAAAAUGAAAAAAAUUAUAUAUUAUACAUUAUACAUACACAAAACGAUACACACAUACACAGAAUCUAUUCCAAUGUGCCAACGUCUUCGAACUUUGAAAAAAAAAAAAAAACAGAGAAGAGAAGCAAGGAACUUUAGGUCUUUUACUAUUUACACGAGAAAAGGGGAAAAGGGAAAUGUAGUUAGAGGCGCGUCGCAUCUUCUAUCGAGAAACGAAUAUUAUCAACGUCAUUACUACCACUAAUCGUUUUAGGAUUUAAAGCGAAUAUUAUACAAAAUAUUAUCGAGGAACUUUUUCGAACUUUAAUGCAUGAAUUUUUGUCUCGUAUGCUAUUAAAACAACAAAAAUGAAAAAAAAAAAAUACAAGAAAACACAAGUUAGAAGUUCUAAAUGGGAAUGAAAGAAAGAAAGAACAGAGAGCAAGGGGUAGAAUACAGGAUGAUUGCGGAUGAUGUGGGAGAGAAUGAGAAUGGACGAGAGAAUGAAAGAAAGAAAAUAUUUUAAACUAUCUAUUUUUAUUUGCAUUCUAAAUAUUACUUGCGUGUAAAUAUUGAUAUCAGUAAGUAACGUCUGUACCUCUGACGAUGGUAUCGCAGAGAGGGAUAUAGGUAUCGUAAUUUGGGACCGGCAUAGGCGUUCAUAUCGUAUUUUGGCAUUGGGGUGCGAUUGUGUGUGAGAACACUGGACGUUGGAAAGGCUCUGCGUCUUUGUGUGGACGAUGAUAUGUGGUUUAUUGUUGUCUCGAGAUAUAUAAGCUAUUUCUAUUCACGUAUUUCCGUUUUUCUUGUCGAUCGUGAAUCGCACCGACGAAACCAACACAGCAGACCUUUUUAUACCGCUCCAAACCGAUAACUGUCGAAUAUCUAACCGGAUCGAUUGUGAGGGAAAACUCGUCGAAUGGUGGACAUGAUCAUGAUCGUUUUGUGGAUCAGGAUUCUGUCAAACCACGUGUUCCACGAGUUUUUCACGACAACGAAUACAUUCAUAGAUUCUAGCUUCCGUUUGAAACAUUAUUAUAGCCGUUGGUCUUAACACGCAAACGUACGUAGAGGGUUAACAAUGUUAGUUGUCACUCGGUUUCGUUUAAUUUUUCUUUUUCUUUUAUAUAUGUAUAUCAACGACUUGCAUCGCACAUGAGUUGAGCUAACAGCUGGCGGUGCUCAAAUUAAUUUCCUGGCGCUGUGACGAAAUACUUUGAUACGCGAAUUUACUUUCGAGAAGGCUGAUUUUUAUAAUUUUUAAACGUGUCCACGUUUAAUUAAGGACUAAAAUUUAUUUUUACUAGUUUCCAGACUCUUUUUUUGUUUGUUUGUUUUUUUUAAAUCCCUGCGUACAAGGGAGAAAUGGACUGAUUAGACUGUUUUUUUUUUCGAUUGGUAUAAACUAUUUUUUUUUCCUUUCUUGAUCAUGUGAUAUUGUCUUACCAAAGAGCAUCGGGAAAAUUGUGAAAAAUUCUCGGACUUUCGGAUCGGUAUCCACCUUUGGAAAAUCGAAUAGAAAGAUACAAUUUUACGCGAAAGAUACAAAGAUACUAUUUAUUUGAUUGAUCUCGAACGAGUAUCAAAACUGUUCUAUUAUUUUUCGGCUCGAGAAGAAAAUUCUUGUGGUAUCGCGAAGGUCCGAGAAAAUGUGGCGAAUAUAAUUAUUCUUGAUACGAAUAUCGUUCGGUUUCGAUCGAAAAAAAAGCAAAAUUUCCAUUGUUUUCAAAAAAGGGGGAUCAAAAAACAAAAGUGGAACUAUGAAGGGAAAAAAGAAACUUGAAGUUGAGGAAGAAAUGCAUCUUCGAAUCGAAAACAGAAACAAAAGCUGCUUAGGGAUGUGUAAUUAUGGUAAAAAAAAGGGGAAAAAAUGAAAUGAAAUGAACGAAAGAAAAAAAAUAAUAACGUCGAGCAUAUAGGAGAAAGACUACUUAGAUUUAUUUUUAUUAUGUCUUCAAAAAGACUUUAAAUAUAAUAUUUAUAUUGUGCCAUAAUUAAUAUU